AUGGCUUCUUUUGUUACAACCCACGUCAAACCUUAUGAUGCCCUUGAGAAUACAGUGGCAGCCAACCCACUUACUGGCAAUUCUUUCCUCAUUACAGGCGCCGGUCGUGGCGUAGGCGAACAUAUUACAAGGGAAAUUGCGGCAGCGGGCGCACAACGCAUUGGACUUGUUGGCCGCAACCUUGAACGUAUCAACGAGGCCAAAAAACGCUUUGAGGAAGCUUUUCCGGAAACUGUGUUCGAGGCAUUCGCAGCUGAUAUUACGGAUGAAAUAAAGAUCGGUUCUAUCUUCAAGACAUUUGGUGUCCCUGAUGUCUUGAUCAAUAACGCUGGCCACUUCCCAGAUGAAGGGCCUUUUAUCAAGGAAAAUUUGAAGAGUUGGUGGACUGGCUUUGAGAUUAAUAUUUUGGGAACUGCUACUGUUACGCAGCAAUUCCUUAGAGCCAAGCCUGAGGGCAAGAGUGCCAUUGUCCUUAAUGUUUCUACUCUUGCUACUCACAUGCGCUUCCCAUUGCAUGGAUGGUCAGGCUAUACCGGAAGCAAACUGGGACAAGCACGAAUUUUUGAACAUAUCCGCUUUGAACACCCAGACGUCCGAUUCAUUAACUGCCACCCCGGUAGUAUUAAAUCUGAUGGUUUCGCCAAGUCUGGUGCUCCAGAGCCAGCUACCGGUAUGACGGAUGGAAAGCUUGCGGGCCAGUUCUUUGCGUGGCUUGCUUCUGAUGAAGCAGAAUUCUUGAGCGGACGAUUUGUUUGGGCGGAAUGGGAUGUUGAUGAACUCAAGGGAAAGAAGGAUCAGAUUCUCAAGGAAGACUUACUACUUACAACCAUUGAUGGCUUUACUCAGGGCUGGUAG